GCUGUACGCGCUCCGAUUGGCUGGCGCCUCUGGGAUCAAUUUGAAACUUGGCGGUUAAAGCUCCGGUUGGAACAGGGCGCCAGGGAAGAUCGGGGAAGGGACGUUUAGUUUGACACCAUUUCGCCUUGCAGUAUUGGGACUGACAAACCAUUAGGCGGUGGCCAAGAGUGACAGGACACAGUGAUCCUGCUGGGAGGGAGAGUGCAUCAGCGAGUUCCGAGUCUCCUACGGCCUGAGAAGGGCCUUUCUACUCCUGCCAACCUCGGAAGGUUCCUGGGAGAGCUGGCUUCACUUGGCCAGGACACCUGCUGAGCUGAUACCAUGAAAGAAGAGGUGAAGGGAAUUCCUGUAAGAGUGGCACUGCGUUGUCGCCCCCUUGUCUCUAAAGAGAUUAAUGAGGGCUGCCAGACGUGCCUUUCCUUUGUGCCCGGAGAGCCUCAGGUGGUGGUUGGUACUGAUAAAUCAUUUACCUACGAUUUUGUGUUUGACCCCUCUACUGAACAGGAAGAGGUCUUUAAUACAGCAGUAGCUCCACUCAUAAAAGGCGUGUUUAAAGGAUACAAUGCAACUGUCCUGGCCUAUGGGCAGACUGGAUCUGGAAAGACUUAUUCAAUGGGAGGUGCAUACACUGCAGAACAAGAACAUGACUCAGCCAUUGGGGUUAUUCCCAGGGUAAUACAACUGCUCUUCAAAGAAAUUAAUAAAAAGACUGACUUUGAAUUUACUCUGAAAGUGUCUUACUUGGAGAUUUAUAAUGAAGAAAUUUUGGACCUUCUAUGUUCAUCUCGUGAGAAAGCAUCUCAAAUAAAUAUCCGGGAGGAUCCUAAGGAAGGCAUAAAGAUUGUGGGACUGACGGAGAAGACUGUGCUAGUUGCCUCGGACACUGUUUCCUGUCUAGAGCAGGGUAACAACUGCAGGACUGUGGCCUCCACAGCUAUGAACUCCCAGUCAUCUCGGUCUCAUGCCAUCUUUACAAUCUCCAUCGAGCAAAGGAAGAAAAAUGACAAAAAUAGCAGUUUCCGUUCCAAGCUGCAUCUUGUAGACCUUGCUGGAUCAGAAAGACAGAAGAAAACCAAGGCCGAGGGAGAUCGUCUGAAAGAGGGUGAGACAAUUAUGGCCAUAGCUCUCGGUGAAAACUUGCAUGCUUUUGUGGCUACUGUUGGUAUUUUGAAGGAACUAUUUCGGUUCUUCUUCUAA